AUUCAAUUGAAUCAGAUUCAUAUCGCAAGAGUGCGCUAGUGAAAGAAUAAAUUCAUAUACACCCAUCUUGUUCACCAUGGUUCACCGUUUCUACCGACAAUCUUGUAGUCAGGUGAAGAUAAAUUGAACUAUCUUUGUGUUCUUCGUGAAAACUUACAAAGAUGACAAUGUUCCUAUCGAAAAUUCAGAAUGCAUCUCGGUUAUACCAAUUAUUUCCUCGAGUAUCGUACACAGAAGGAUUCCCUGGAUUAUUUUCUUGCAGAACGUUUUCAGAUAAUGUACUAUCUACAGACAAGGCUGUACCAGAUAAGUUAUACUCAAAAAUAGAAAUUGAAGUACGAGGGAAUGAUCCUGCUGUGUUAAAAAGCUAUGGAACUUUUUCAGAAAUGGCAGCAAAACAUUUGGGCAUCACUAUGUCCAGAAACUUUACACCAAGAAAACCAGUUCAUGAACGUUUAACAGUAUUGAAAUCUGUACAUAUCUAUAAGAAGCAUCGUGUCCAAUAUGAAACCAGAACAUAUUUUCGCUUUAUGGACUUUCUAAAGCUUACUGGUUCUACUGCUGAUACCUUUCUCGAAUAUCUUCAGAGAAAUCUGCCGGAAGGUGUUGCAAUGAAAGUUACUAAGGUGGAAAUACAAAGGUUACCAGAAGCUGUCUCUACUCCACCUAGUUGAAUAAUAUAGAAUGUUAACAUCAGUAAGUGUAUUAUAUUUACUUUAUUAUACUCUUCAAAUAUAAUAACUGUACAUAAAAAAUUAUAAUUUCUUCACUGUCUCACAUAUUUACUUUAAAAAAUCAUGUACAUGCAUAACAGUAGAAAGGUUAAUAUCAAACUUUUGUUUAAUCAUUA